AUGGCUAUGACGAUCUGCCUUGAGGAUCGUUGCUUAGCGAACGUUGGACACUCGGUCGCCAUUGUUGCAUUUGGAUGCUUCCGAGGUGGGACGGACUCGAUUGAUCCUGCGUACCUGACUGAGUUGGAAAAGCUGAAGCCGCUGAUAAGCACACCGGACACCAAGGCCUAG